CCUAGUUCCGCGUCCGGGCUGUGGGGACUGAGGCGGAGGAAGCGGCUCCCGGCCCCUGGAGUGAUGUUGCUGCGGGGACUGAGGCGAUGGCUAAAAGGGGGGGUGGUUCGCGGCUUUCCUCCGCCUGUAGAGACCCCCAGGCUGGCCUGGGCCGCCGUUGGAAUCCGUUUCUACUCAGCGGGGAUUGAGAUUCAUGAGCAAACACUAGUGGCUGUGAAACCAGAUGGAGUCCAAAGGCAGCUCGUUGGAGAAAUCAUCCAACGGUUUGAGAAGAGGGGAUUCCAGCUAAUGGGGCUGAAACUUGUGCAGCCCUCUCGAGAUGUGCUUUUGAAGCAUUAUCACGAUCUGCAGGAGAAGCCUUUUUAUUCUGCAUUGAUUCAGUACAUGAGUUCGGGACCCAUCAUUCUUAUGGUUUGGGAAGGUUGUGAUGUAGUGCGUAUAUCCCGUAUGAUGGUGGGUGAUACUGAUCCUGCCUUGGCUCAACCAGGAACCGUGAGAGGAGACUUGUGUGUACACAUUAGCAGAAAUGCCAUCCAUGCCAGUGACUCGGUCGAAGUGGCAAAGAAGGAAAUUAGCUUAUGGUUCCAUCGCAAUGAGCUGGUGGAAUGGAAAAGUUGCACUAUCAAGAACAUGUACAAUGUUUAAAUAUUUCCGCUGAAUCAGCCAAAACAAUAACUACCUCCAGUGACAGUGUUUCCAUUUCACAUUUUAAAGCUAGAAACAUAUUUCCAUUAUUGAGAGUUUUCUUAAAUUCCUUCAAUGGUGCUCCCAUCUGACUUCAUGCUAGGUGCUGGUAAACUGCAAUAAAAGUCCUAUAAAUUGCUGAUCAGCAUUAAAAUGGUUUCAAGCCAGUCAAAUGGAUCAUUUUGUUAAAAUUUUCUCAUUACAUUACAAUGCAGCAAACUGCUUCACAGGAAUUCUAUCAAAUGAAAUUUGUCACCAAAUAUUAAUAUUAGACAGGUGAGAAAAAUGCUUGGAUUACACCAUAGGUCUUAAGCAAUAACUUAAAAUGAAAGUUAGGGUGACAGAGGUUUGUGAAGAAAAAUUGUGCUUUGAGCCAGUCACCUGAAGCUAGUGGUGGGGAGAUUAAAAUUACAAGUGUACAAAUAGCUAGAAGCAGGGAAGCAGAUGAGAAGCUGGGCACAAGGCGAGAGGACAGGUAAAGUCACAGAGAUUUUAAAACAAGAAUAAGAAUUUUAAAAUUGGAAUUUGAUGGUCUGGAACCUAAAAUAUUCUGAAAUUUGUAAGAUUAAAGUUUUUCCCUCCAACCCCCCCCCCCCCUCCCCCGACAGAAUCCUUGCUUGCUGUUCUUAACUAUGAUUCUCACUUCAGUCAGAUUAUUGGUUUGUGAUGAGCAAAGUUGGGUUACUUAUUCAGUGCAGAAGUCGUUUAAGCCAACAGAAUAUUUCAUGACAAUCCACCAUUUAGACAGGAGUUCUGUUACAUUAGCCUAUUAUUUUGUGCAUAAAACAUCAUUGGUCCAUUAAUCAUAGGUACAGGGCAGCUAGGCUCACUCUGAUGUUUCAGUAUGACCACAACUGUUGUCAGGCCUUUGUUGUACCCUGUGUAAUUUAUCAUUCUCUCUAAAUUUCAAACUUGUGGAAUGUAAAUAAAAGCACCCUAACAAGGA